GAGAGGGUGGGAUAGCCACGCCGCGCCCUGUCGAGGCCGCGCCACGGCGCGCUCUUCCUCAAUCCCGGCCGUCAAGCGCCGCGCCCCGUUGAGGCCGCGCGGCUCGCCGGAGGAGGUGCAGACGCCGGGGCGGGGGGGGGGCGAGAGGGCAGGAUAGCAAAGGGCCGGGCAGAGCAUCAGAUCACGCGGCUGGUUUUCCUGACGCCUCCUGGCGCCGGGAGGCGCAUGUAUCGAGGAACGGGCCCGGCGGCUGGGCGGAGAUCAGCUGCAUACAGCAGAGUUCGUCCCCCCCGUUUCCCUAUCCGACCCUUUCGUCCCGCCCGACUCUACCAACCGCAGCGCGUCGUCCGGCGCCGCCCCUGGCGCGCUGGAGGCGCGCCAGGGAGGGGGGUCCAGCGCCGACCCGAGAUCUCCGCGCAGGCCCGUCGAAAGCUUGCGCUCAUGCAGCAGACUCUUCGUCGGGCCAAGGAAGCGUUCGAGAACGGAGAGCUCCAGGGCGGCAAAUUGUUAAAAGUCUUGGCACGCACGCGGGGACUCCGACCGAACUGAGCCGCCGGGCACCCGAUCAUGCCCGGAAGCGGGUGUGCAGAUCGCGAGAGCAGGGCGGGGACAAGGGAUGUCAAAAAGCAGUGGCAUCAGGGGCAACGACCAUUAAACUCGCAUUAUGUAUUACCAACUGGCACGAUUGACAACUUCAAAUGUGGUACUCUGCUAGCCCGCUGGUGCAUUCUAAGGCCUGCUGCUGCAAAGAAAGAGCCAGGCGAGCGGAGGCGGGCAAAACGGGCAGCCGUGACGGAGAAGCAGAGCAGCACUGGAGGAACAACAGACUGCACAAACAGAACCCGUCGAAGGUCCAUGCGGAUUUCUUGGAUGGGCGCUGGACUCCCCUGGCGGCGCCUCCGGCGCCGCCCCUGGCGCACUGGAGGCGCGCCAGGGAGGAGGUCCAAGAUCUACCCGAGAUAUCCGCACGGAUGUUCGCAGCUUUAUAUUCAUGCCGUGAUGUACUAUCUGGAAGACGCUAUCAAGAAGAAAGGAAAAUCUUAAAUCGCGUUGGAAAUGCGUGCGCACCCCAGUGCUGCACAACGCCGUGGAGCCUCCGCCAGGUACACGAGCUCACCAACCCCCCUGCC